AUGGGAAUGAUACGGCUAAAGCGAAAUGAUAGAGCAGUAUUGCCGGAUCUGGACUUUUUUGGCAAAAUAUUGCCGUACAAGUUCCAUCAUUUUUACUACUUUUGUUUCAGCAGCACCAAAUUCUCAGUACUGGAGCCGAAAGGGAGAGUGUCUGAUCCUGAGCUGCGUGCGCACAUUGCAAAACAAUCCAGCUUGUUCGCAGCCAAAUGUAGAGAACGAAAGUGGAAAAUUGAAGAAAGGCCACUCUACGAGGUUUCUGAGGAAGAUCUGGAAGCGAAGAUGGAGAAACAAAUGGAGAGACUUGAAGAACUGCAAUCUUUCGCCUUCCAACAUAAAGGGACCAUGCAAGAAUUUGCUCGAGCAGUUUUCGAUAGACGUCCUUUUGCUGUGGAUCAGGAUUGACCCGAGUAUACACCUCCUCCUGUCAUCAUACCCACUGAAAGUUCUAGUAGCGCAAAGGAUGCCGAGAUCAUCGAGGAUAAUGUCCCACGAUCGCCUGAUCCUGAGCCUGCUACCCCUGUCAAGGAGCCACCACCAGCGAAAAAGCUUCAGACGCCUAAGCCUAUAUCCACUUCAACCCCAGUUGCACCAGCAACUCAUCAUCCUCCUCGAAGGAUCAUUGUGCCUCCCAAUUGUUUUAGUCCCUCACAUGAUGUGGUAUCUGGCAUCAUCAGCUCCAUGGAUGAAUUCUCCGCCAGAAAUCCACCAAAGAUUCCUGAUAUAGAAGAAGAUGAAGAGGAGCGGGUGAGCGCUUUGCUAGACAUGGCAGCGGGAAUAACGACUGCAUCCGUGAUUGUUCUUAUCAUCAAAUAA